GGUUAAGUAGGAAUAGGUUGAUGUAGGUGGAGCUACGUUCUGCUAGGUUAGGUAUUUAGGAUAAUUUAGUUUGUUUUAGUAGUUUAUAUCUUAAUUGGUUAUAACAGUAUUAAAUGUUGUGUUAAUCUGCUUAGCUUAAGGCAAAAGUGUUAAAUUGUUCAUAUUUCAAAUCCUGUCUUCCUGCUGUCACUACAUCAAAUUUAGCCAAUGUAUGAUUACUACAUGGAAGAGACAAAAAAAUUAAGAAGUAUAGGAAAAGAUUUGAACCUAACCGAUACAGACAUAGAUAGAAUUAUAGAUGAAUCCUUCAAGUUUCUCGAAAAUGAGACAAGUAUCAAAAAAUCUCAAAAGUAUUAUGGAAGAAAGAAGUUUAUCAUCAUUCUGUCAAUUGUCAUCGCUUUAAUCGCAGUACUGUGUUUUUUUUCUAAUCCUAGAAAGAUCAUUCAUGGAUACAUCGAAAGGAAUUUCCAAGCUCUCGUUUAUCCAGGGAUGAAGCUACUUCGAAAAAUAAUGCUACCAGUAAUCAAAACUUUUCCUUCUCUAACACAGCUCUAUGACGAAGCAUGUUUAAUUGGGAAUCCGUAUUUCCAAGUUUCUGAUAUAGAUUGUUGGCCGUGUGAGAAUGUUAAAAGUAUUUUGAAUUUGACUGUGGCCAAUUUAAGUAAUGAAGAUUAUCAUUCUGGUAUUCCUAUUGUACUCAGGGAUGAAAAUUUGAAGGAAGUCGACUUUGAAGAUUUAGUCGAUAUGUAUUCCUGCCAUAAAGAAGUCUUUGACAAAGAUGCAGGAAAAACUGAGAACAUUCUUCCUGAGCACUCGACCCCAGAAAAUUUAUUCCUAAAAAGCCCCCUUUCGACCAACCCAUCUUCGCAGAAGAAUUUACAUGUAACUUGGAAGCUUAAUAGAUUGGAACCUGUGAGAGAAGUCAGGCAGACAUUUGGAACACCGAAACAAGUUCCUUUUUACGUUUCAGGAGCGACUAUAGAAAAGUGGCUUCUCAUUGAUGAAGCUAAUGCUUCUCCAUAUGAAUUGCCUUGGACUGAAGGAACGACUGUUUUCUUAAUACAAGGGAGUGGUUCACGUCUUAUAUCAUUGGAGCCGUCCGUCGAAUGCUUGAGUUCAUGCCACAGGGUUUCGAUUCUACUCAGACCAAAGCAUAUAUUGUGGUUCAAUUGGUGGUAUUGGAGAGGAAAAAGUCUUCCUGUCAACACAUCGCACAAUAUCAGUAUUACUUAUGUCGGAUCUUAUUAUUAAAUCUGAUUAGGACAUCGUUUGAAAGCUACCUACUCGACCUUAAUUUAAGAUGCAUCAGCCCCGACCAGUGUCUAGACUGUGUAUAAUAAAAAAAGACUGUUACAAAAACUAAGAAAAACGAGUAUCAAAUUUUUCAAAAAUGCUUCCAUUAACCAAAGAUACUUCAUUAAUAUUUAAUAAUGUUUAUGUAUACGUCUGAAUUAAAGAUUUUAAUGUUAUUUAUAUUUACAAAAUGUAAUUUUAUAUGAAUUAAAUAUUGUCUUGUUUUAUUUUAAAUGGUAUCUUCCAAUUUGUAUUAUCUAUUUAUAUAAUUUAUUACGUAAUAUAUUUCAACUUUUGUUACAUGUUAAUAAUUAGUACAGAUAUGUGCCAAUUUCAUAUUUUAGUGAAAACAAUUUUAAUUGAUAUUAUUAUGAAGAGCUAUAUUAUAUUUACUAACUUUUAAACUGUCUCUACUUUCUAAAGGCUGGUUUAUACUAAACUAUCUUAGUUAUUAAUGUUGGUGUUCAUGCAUUCACACUGUUGUAAUACUCAUAUACUUUCUUUCUCUAUAUAUAACUAUACUACAUGGUUUAGUUUGAUUAAUAUAAAUCAGCCUUUAUAGAACAUAUCAGCUCUUUCUUACAUAUUAAGGAUUGUCUGGAUAAUGUAUUUUAUUGUUAUUGUGGUAUUUUAUUAUGAUUAUAGUGCUAUAUUGAAAUUAUUCUCUUUUAAAAAAUAGUUUUAUACAACUAUAAGUGUAAACAAUAUAUUUUUAAUCAUUUAUAUCACAUUUCUGUCAGUGCAAUUUCAUAAUUUAUAUUAUAAUUGAUAUAAAAAAAUACACGUUAUUAAUAUAGCA